UUUUUAAUUUAUCACAGUAAAUUAGGCCUAAUGGCUCAUACAAACUACUUUAGAGCUUUUAUUUAGAUGUGUGGUUGUAAAUGAUUUUUUUUUAGUCACAGUUAAUAUUUUUUACGUGUACGUUAUGACAGAAGAAAGGAAUUUUCGUACUUGCUACUAUGAAAAGUUUGGGUUUCUUGGUGUUGAAGAAAAAAAAUCGAUUGAAAUUCUCUUAAAAGAACAACCUUUAGAUGUAGAAAAACUAAGAAUAUUUUGUCUUCGUUUUCCAGUGCCAGCAAUGUAUAGGCUCUACUUAUGGAAAAUUCUUCUUGGAAUUCUACCAGCAAAUCAGCCAUCACAUGACUUUGUGAUGAAGCAGAGAACACAACAGUUUGACGACUGUCACAGAGGGCUGAUGUUAAUGAGGAGAAUUUCUAAACAAACUCCACUGGAAGAAGUGUUGCUGAAAAUGCACUUGCUUGAAAAAGGCAUCCUCCCAUUCGAAGACAAAGAUCUGCAAACUGACCCAAGCUAUCGAUCAUUCUUGGCUAUGGCACAUGGUGUAUGCAGCAUAGUGGAUGGAGACGUUGACCGUUACUGGAUCACAUCCAGAUUUUAUCGACAGUUUUGGAAGUAUAGGGAUACGUUCUUACAUCUGCAAGCAAAGACAUUACAAUGUUUAAAGAAAGAAGAUUCUGACCAGAAGCUGUACAAUCAUUUACAACAACACAAUGUUAUAAGUUGUCUCCCUUUGAUUGACUGGUUUAGUUGCUGUUUCACUGGAGUCCUACCUGAUACAUCAUUUGAAAGAAUAUGGGACAAAGUCAUUGGAGGAUCUUGUGUUUUCUUGGCAUUUGUUGCCGUGGCAAUCUUCCUGACCUUUAGACGACCUCUUCUUAGUAUGCACAGUUCAGAAGAAAUGCUUGCAUAUUUGAAAAAUAUUCCCGAUGAUUGUGGAGACAGACUUGUGAGCGAGGCUAUAGACCUGUGGCAGAAACAUGGCGGACAUCUUGUUCAAACCAAAUCAGAUUCACCAAAUUUUGAUAAAUUACCGACAUAAUAAUUAUCAGUCUGAGAGUAACUUGCACUUUAGAUUCCCUGAUAUGUCUUUCAACUGACAACUAAAAAUGGCAUCUUCAUUCUUAUACUGUUGUUUUCAAUGGGGGGAAAUAAAAUAAAGAAGAAUAUUCAAGAUGUCUGUAUACGAGAACAGUAUUGCUAAUACAGUGAAACAUCUGUAAGGCUGACACCCACAGUACCAAGUAAAAUGUCUGGUUUUAAGAGGUAUCCAGUUUAGAGAAUUUAAGUUCUGUACUGAUUUUAAAAAAAGGACAGUGGAAAAUGUCCAGUUUUGGGGGAAUUCCAGUUUACAGAGGAUC